AUGGAAUUGGACUCUUCGGAGUCUGAAUAUUACCAAGCGUUUCUCCGAUCUUUGAACGAUGUAAAGCAAGACCCGACCGACAAAGCCCAUUGGAACACAGCCACUACACUGGGGCUCAAGUGGAUAAUCACGCGGAUGCAAUCAGACCUCGCACCCCUCGGUCCGGAUUCUGGCUAUGGCCACCUGUUUUGCGAUAAAGGAUUACGUGUAGGUCAACUCAAGGACGGACGAGAAUCUCCCACAAUCGAUGUCAAUCAGCUUGAGGAGCUUCGGGCAUUUUUGCUGCGGUUGAUCAGCUUCAAACCCAAAGGGAUCGUCCAAACAUGGCGAGAAACCUAUCAAGCCUGCAUUACAAACUGUCUGGAUUGCGCAGCGGGACAUGAUGCUUCCCUCAGUCAGCUUGGUGAAAAAUGGCUCCCCAUGUUUUACUCGACCAACCCAGAACUGUCGACGACCUUCGUGCAAUCAGUCUAUAACCUCGUGAUUACCCUGAGUUUGCCCAUCCUGGAAACCGCCAUUCAGUCCGAGUCUGAUAACGCGGUUUCGGGUCCUCCAACACUCGGGCCAAUCCUGUCUAUCUUGCUAUCACGGCCAGAAAUUUUAACCGACUCGAAAAUAUGGUCGAAAGUCUCACAACUCAUGGCAAAUCAAUCGCGACACGACCCGCUUCAAAUCCUUCACCCGCAACUCAGCUUGCCUGGAUUGAUACUACUCACCAUGGAUGACAACUCCGAUUGCGCAGCUUUUGCGCGGCGGCAAUUAGACUACUUUGCGUCGAGCAGUUCUGAAUCCAACACCAAUUCAGAUUCAAAUAAUGCUACAAAGGCAGUGAUGGCCGAAGUCAUAACGAUCAUUAACCGUAGUCACAUUAAUUCAUCUGAGGGAACCCACUUGAAAUUUCUCCAGGAUCUUGUCAUCCAUCCAACCCGUGAAAACAGUUGGUUCAGCUUGGCUUCCAUCUUAUCGGCUCUGCUACCCUAUUGCUCUUCACGCCCGUCCAAUCACAUCGGACCCUCAUUCUUUGGCCUACCCAAGCUUAUUCUCGACCACCUCACCGAUUCCGGAGAGCACAUUCCAAAGGUCUAUGCGUGCUGGGGCAUACUCCUGAAGUAUCUGGGGUCCUCUUUCUGGAUGAUGGCACAAGAAGCAUCUCUUGAGCCGUCGACUUCGGACAUCGUCCAUGUGCCAUCUCCUGCCGAAGUCCUCCGCAAAGUACUCGAACGGGACGACUUCGCUGCCAACACGAACUCGCCAGAUUUCAUUCCGCAAUCUCUCGAGUGGCUUCUCCCUUUCAUCCGGUCUGUGACCCACUCAAACCAAUUCUCAAUCGACACUUUCAACCUUCUCCACGAUAUUUUGGUGAACAAGCUCCAGCGAUCCGUGUGCAACCUCGCCAGCCCCGCGAGCCUGAGUUUGGCAAUCUGCCAAGAUCUCAUGACCCACAAGGCUCAUUCCAACAUCGUAAUUUCAAUUCCUCGCGGCAAGUCUCCCAACUCACCCACUGAGCCUGCAAUAGCCCGCACCCGAGUUCAGCAAUAUCUACGCGUCUUCCUUCCGUUCUUCAUCGAUUUAGCCUACGAUAACCGGUAUCGACUCGGCGGAUGGGCGAAAAUCCAGCCUCAAGCCCAACAGAUUGUUGAACAGAUAGCCUUCCACGAGUCUCAAAAUCUGACCCUUGUUCUGCGAGAGCUUUGCAGAACCCAACUGAAAAUCGUCAGAGAAAAGUUGACAUCAGUUGAUCUUUCACAUCUCCAGAUUCAAAUUUCCAAACCACUUUGGAUUAGACUAUACAAGCUUUCUAACGAUUACUCGUCAUCAAAUCUGUACCUCAUGAAGGUGUUUUCACUCCUCAUUGGUUCGUUGUCCAGCUGCGCCCACAUUGACCACCUCGCCAGUAGAUCGUGGCUCCCUCCAGAAAGGCCGACAAACUCUUCUCUUGAGCCUACUAUUACUGCGCUGAACAAUGCAGUAUCAACCAUUAGAGCUCCGUUAGUCGAUGCUUUAAUCGAUCUCUCCGGCUCUACUUAUGGUUCACAACUACUCUCAUCGUUACUGAAAGAGGCUUCAAUCCUCAAAGCCGUCAUCGCUCUGAUCUUUUCGCCUAACGAUGGUCUACACACCUCCUCACUGGCCUUAGUUCGACAAUGGUCCGAUUGUACAUCUCGUCUCGAUUGCUUACGCGCAUUGCUAUCAAAAGGUGGAAGGGCAGCAUUCGAAGGUCUUACAGAUGCCUUGAAGAAUGUUGAUCUACAUUCAAAGAUUCUCCCUGAUGCUAUGAGCUUGGCUCGGCGACUCGUGAGGUGCAUGUCCGAUGUCAUCAGCAUCUUUUGUUCUCCAACCGAUGGGUUGUUGCGAGAUCAGGCUUACAUCCAGUCGUUAAACGCCUCCGAACUAGUCGAACUUUGGAACUUGAUGUGCUCAUCCGUCUCGAAUAUUUUUGCCAGGACUCCAUACUGGGCUGAAUACUGGCAAUCAUCAGAAAUGACCGAAUGGAUGCGAGAUGCGUUAAUAUUUGCGGAACAAUUGGUCAAAACAUUCCAGAUUUUUGAAUCAGCGGCCUUUGGUCGACUGACUGAAACAGUGGGAAAUGAAAGCCUUCGGUCGAAAAUGGUGGAUUCUUUCAUGCGACCGACGGAGUCUAUCGUAGCUUGGCUCCGACUGAACGAUGCUGAUCUUCUUGACCGUAGUACUGGAGUGAUAGUCCAGAUGUUGGAAAAGAUCGGUAAAUUUAGAAGACCACUCAACCCGGCAAUCGUGGAGAGAUUAGCUAAAUAUAUCGACCCAUCACCAAACUCGUCCGUUAUCUUGACCGAGCAACAGCGUGUCUACCUCAAGAACGCCCUGGCCACUCACCCUGAAUUGGCCGCACGUUUUGCGACUAUCAUCGACGACGAAGACGAAAUCGAAAUUGUAGAGCCAGCCGGCGACACUCUUCGCUCACCACCCGCUGAUCAUGGGACCAAAGCUGGGACUUCUUCUUCUCAAUGGGCGGAUAUCUUUCCUCAGAUCAAGCCAACGGCUGGACCCUCCGCUCACCAGAACCAGAAGACCGACCAACAGGGACAGUCAAAAUCUCGCAGCGUUGAUCAACCGAAGUUGACAGUGUCACACUCUAGUUCUCAAGCCAAACCGAAGCCGGCUGACAAGCCAGCGCCUAGAAGACAAUAUGGACAUGACAAUGUGAUUGGCAACCUGCGGAAAGAAAUGAAGGCUUCUCGCCCAGUCCUCAAUGCACCUCGAGUACCACUCGCGCGCCCAGGUCAGGCCCCACAUUCAGCUGCCAUGCCCAAGCAACACGCUUCCACAAAGCCCCCACAGCGUACCUCAGGUCCCAACUUUUGCCAACCCCCGAUGAAGAACUUCUAUCAUGACCAGCCAAAUCAGAUACUUCAGGGAUCCGAGGAUGGCUCGGAUGAUGAAUCAGAAGAAGAUGCCUCAGAGACGACUGGCAUGGCUAGGCUGGUCCAGGCACAGAAAGGCAAGACGUUCCAAUCCGCCAAACUUGCUGAACCGCGUCGGACGAUCAAGAUGUUUAACGAUCCAGCGAUCGAGAAACAAAAGAAAGUAGCACAGGCCAGACGCGAACAGCAGAAUAUCCUCAAGCUUCAAAAAUUAAGGAUGCAGCCGGAUUUUACGGAUCUACAUCGGUACAUUUUGCAAUGGGACUAUAAUCACACCGGGUCCUGCCCUCCGGGAGCACCUACGAAUUAUAAUCACCUUCCACCGUCAUUCGGCAACUUUUCCCAUUACUUAUCAUGUACUGAGCCCUUGCUGAUGUGCGAGACUUGGCAGCAAAUUUGCCAAGCAAAAGAAUCCGUUAGUUCAGGAGAGAAGGUGCCGAUUCCAGUAGAUGUAAUCGGGAGGACAUCUGUCGAUGAUUUCAUAGAGAUCUAUACAACGGUCAAACAUGCCUUGCUACCUGAGCGGACAUAUUUCAGCGAAGCAGACUUAGUCCUAGUAAGAUCUACCGACCCACAGGCACCUUCCCGAUGUAUUCUGGCGAAAGUGAUCAGCCUAUCACGGAAACAUGAUUGUUUUGAAUUGAACUUGAGGAUGCAUUUUGGCAGUGCGAGGCAGGAUAUCAGCGGGAAUAUGGUUCCCAAGACCAAAUGGACUGUCAUGCACCUGUGUAGUUUGAGCACGACUCAUCGAGAAUGGGCCGCUUUGCGGUCUUUGCCGUAUCUCACUCUAGGCAACGACAUCCUCCAGGCCUACGCCACCACUCCUACGCCGAUCGCCGAAGAGUACCUCACCAAAGUGAUGAGAUGUCAAAAGGUCAACGAGCCACAAGGUCGUGCUAUCAUCAGCGCUCUUGCUACACCCGGCUUCUCGCUGAUACAAGGACCCCCCGGAACAGGAAAAACAAGCACCAUUGUCGGACUCGUUGGUGCAUUCAUUGCAAGUCGCCCGAAAGUAGACGACUCGGCCGGAGGGCCGCCCUCAAUUACGCGAAAGAUCUUGCUCUGUGCCCCAAGUAAUGCUGCGGUUGACGAAGUGGCGAAACGGUUGAAAGAGGGCGUUCGAGGGGCCCAGGGCGAGUUGAUCAUACCCAAGCUGGUGCGGAUCGGAGCAGACUCAAAGGUGAACAUGGCUGUCAAGGAUAUCUUUAUCGAUGAACUGGUCGCAGCCAUGAGCAAAGAUUCGGAGCCGGGAAAGGCGGCUGAAACAGUUGCCGGGUCAGCUGGUGCAAUCCAAGACCUUCGACAGCAACUCUCCAAAUUACGCGACACUCGAGACUCAAAACAAAUGGAGGCCGAGCGACUGCCUGCGGACUCGCCCCAUUAUCGGACUUUGCAAGAGGAAGUGACCCACACCAGAAGAAAGAUACACGAGCUGUCGGCUAAAAUCGACCAAGCCCGUGAUCAACAGGAUGCCUCAAAAAGAUAUUUGGAUGCAGCUACGAGAAAAUUGAGGAUGCAAAUUUUGCAGGAUGCGGAUGUUGUCUGCUCAACCCUUUCCGGCUCGGGGCACGACUACAUGUCUCAGUUGCCAUUCGAUUUCGAAACUGUUGUGAUUGACGAGGCUUGUCAAUGUGUUGAACCGGCGUCCCUCAUCCCUCUUCGGUACAAUGCAACCCAAUGCAUACUGGUUGGAGAUCCGAUGCAGUUACCUCCAACGGUGCUCUCUCAGACAGCAAGCCAAGCUGGGUACGACCAGAGUUUAUUUGUGCGGAUGCAAAGAAAUGCUCCUGAUGUGGCACAUUUGCUGAGUAUCCAAUAUCGAAUGCACCCCUCUAUCAGCACGUUUCCCAGCAAGGCUUUCUAUGAUUCCAAACUGCUUGAUGGGCCUGAGAUGGAAAAGAAAGCUGUUCAACCAUGGCAUCAGUCCGACUCUUUGUUCCCUCCUUAUGCCUUCUUUCAUCCCGUUGGAGCCAGAGAAGAACGAGGAGCGCACCAUUCACUCAUGAAUCGAAUGGAAGCUUCAUUAGCUGUCUCGAUCGUCUGGAGGAUAGCGAAUGACUACCCGCAGAUUGACUUUGCCUAUCGGGUAGGGAUCAUUACAGGUUAUGCUGCCCAAGUCGGUGAAAUUCGUCGACAACUAAGAGCCAAAUUCCCCGCCGACACCGUUGCAGCCAUUGAUGUUAACACAGUAGAUGGUUUUCAAGGUCAAGAAAAAGAUAUUAUCAUCUUGUCUUGUGUCCGAGGAGGUAGAAACGACAACAACUCUGGCGGUGGUAUCGGUUUCUUGAAAGAUAUCCGGCGAAUGAACGUCGCUUUGACUCGGGCGAAGUCGUCGAUGUUCAUCAUCGGCAAUCGCGGGGUCUUGAGUCAGGAUCCUACCUGGAAAGCGCUUGUUGAUGACGCCGUGCAACGAUCAGUGAUCAGUGAGGUGACGAGCCAAAUGUUUUACUCUACUUCAUCGGUCCCAGUUAUUUCACGACCUCGUCAAACAAUUCCUUCGGCAAGUGCUAAGAACCCGUCCCACCCACCAGUUGGCCUUCUAAUGACGCCGAAACAGGCAUCCGAGCUAUCACAAGCUCGCGGCACGAUCGCGAAAGCUAACCAAGCUCUGAAGCGGAAGAUAUCGAUUGACGCUUCGGAUGGCGUAGAAGACAAACGCAACCAAGCUGGAAACCUUCCAAAGCGCCAAGCGGCUGACCCUGCCAACCCCACCCAACCUCCAGCUAUCGCACAGACUGUCGUCCCCCCUACAUAUGAUGUCUCGACAAAGUCUGAGGGAGACUCGUCUGGCCAGGCUUGCCCAGGUCCCAGCGCUCAUAUCCCGGCCAAUAAACCACUACCUGUUCCAAUUAGGCCACAACCACGGACAAAGCCUCCACCUUCGCUGUUCAUCAACAAGCGGCCACAGGGAAACCCAAUUCGAAGACCCAGUCAUCCGGGAACAGAUAAUCGGCUGAACGGUGUCGAUAGAACUCGAAGCGUUCGACAACGAAUGCAGGAAGAGAUGAACUUGAUCCAAAAACCCAAUCACCGCUAA